AUGUCCAUUUCAUCUGUAAAAGGACAAACUACACAAUUACCUAAUUAUUCUUGUAGUGAAAAUAAUGUUUCUAUUCAGUUUACAUUGUCUUCAUUACCUCAUUCAGCUUCGAAUUCAGCAUUAAAUUGUUCUUUACAGCAAUGUAUUGUAAACUCAAACAAUAAUAAUAAUAGUUGUUUUUCAUCAUCAACACCUUGUUUUGAUUAUCGAACAAUAAAUAAUAUUAGUUAUUGUGCACCAGGUAUUUUAUGUUCAAUAUUAGAAAGAUGUGAUAAUAUUACACGAACAUGUUCAUCAAAUAAUUCAAUAUGUGUUAUCAAUUCAUGUUGUUCAUCACAAGCAGUAUGUUUACCAUUAUUAGCAAUACAAAUGUGCAAAACAGGAUGGUUUUUUACUAACAAUAUAAGUAAUGCACGAUAUUGGCACACAGCAUCUGUCUUAUCUAAUGGAAAAGUAUUAGUUACUGGUGGUUCAGCCAAUGGUUAUUUAAAUAGUGCUGAAUCCUAUGAUCUAUCAACAGGUACUUGGACAACUACUAGUAACAUGACUAAUGCACGGGGUUCUCACACAGCAUCUAUAUUAUCAAAUGGAAAAGUAUUAGUUAGUGGUGGAUAUGGUAACGGUUAUUUAAAUAAUGUUGAGCUGUAUGAUCCAUUAACAGGCACUUGGACAGCUACUGGUAAUAUGAUUACUGAACGAGCUUUUCACACAGCAUCUACAUUAUCAAGUGGAAAAAUAUUAGUUACUGGUGGAGAUAAUACGAAUACUAUUUUAAAUAGUGCUGAAUUAUAUGAUCCAUUAACAGGUAUUUGGACAAAUACUGGUAACAUGAAUAAUGCACGACGAUGGCAUACAGUAUCUGUAUUAUCAAAUGGAAAAGUAUUAGUUAUUGGUGGAGAGAAUUAUAAUGGUUUUUUAAAUAGUGCUGAAUUGUAUGAUCCAUCAACAGGUAUUUGGACAACUACUAGUAACAUGACUAAUGCAAGAACUGAGCAUACAGCAUGUGCAUUAUCAAGUGGAAAAAUAUUAGUUACUGGUGGAGCUGGUAUUAGUGGUGCUUUGAAUAGUGCUGAACUGUAUGAUCCAUCAACAGGCACUUGGACAACUACUAGCAACAUGGUUGCUACACGAUACUGGCACACAGCAUCUUUAUUAUCAAAUGGAAAAGUGUUAGUUACUGGUGGAUGGAAUGGUAAUAUUGUUUUAAAUAGUACUGAGCUGUUUGAUCCAUCAAUAGGUACUUGGACAACUACUAGUUACAUGACUGAUGUACGACAAUUUCACACAGCAUCUGUAUUAUCAAGUGGAAAAGUAUUAGUUACUGGUGGUUGGAAUGGUACUAAUGCUAUAAAUAAUGCAGAAUUAUAUUAA